AUGAGGCUUGCAAGCAAUAAGUUAACAGGACAGAUAUCUCCUCAAGUACUGGAACUUGAGUUCCUAUCAUACUUGUCUUUUUCAGACAAUAAACUAACAAACAUCACAGGCGCUCUCAGCAUUCUGCAGGGCUGCAGGAAUCUGUCCACUCUCCUAGUAGGGAAGAAUUUUUACAACGAAACACUUCCAAGUGACAAAGACUUAGUUUCCGCAGAUGGAUUCCCUAAUCUCCAAAUAUUUGCCAAUGGUGGAUCUGGAUUAAGAGGUGAAAUACCAGCUUGGCUGAUCAGCUUGAAGAGCUUAGCAGUCAUGGAUUUGUCCCACAACCAGCUUGUAGGGUCAGUUCCUGGUUGGUUGGGAACUCUUCCCCACCUUUUCUACAUCGAUCUCUCGGAUAAUCUUUUUUCAGGAGAGAUACCAAAGGAAAUAUUUCAACUAAAGGCUCUGAUGUCCCAAAAGGACUACGACACAACAGAAAGGAACUAUCUUAAGCUGCCUCUUUUUGUCAAUCCCAAUAAUGUUACAACUCAUCAGCAAUACAAUCACCUGUCAAGCCUUCCACCUGCGAUCUACAUAAGAAGAAAUAAACUGAAAGGAAGUAUACCCGUCGAGGUUGGUCAGCUAAAGGUUCUUCAUGUCCUCGAGCUUUCUCAUAAUUAUUUUUCUGGAAGCAUCCCACAUGAGUUGUCGAACCUCACCAACUUAGAGAGGCUUGACCUAUCCAACAAUCAUUUAUCUGGUAAAAUCCCUUGGUCGCUAACAAGCCUCCAUUUUAUGUCCUAUUUCAAUGUGGCAAACAACAGUCUCGAAGGGCCAAUACCCACAGGAGGUCAGUUUGAUACUUUUCCAAAAGCACAUUUUGAAGGAAACCCCUUGUUGUUCGGUGAUGUACUGCUGACUUCGCGCCCGGCUCCAACCCAGCCACCUGCUAAAACCACAGAUGAAGUGAAGAUAACCAGAGUAUUUAUAAUGGGAGGUGCCAUUGGAUAUCUUUUUACCUUCAGUUUGAUGUUACUAUUACUCCGUUACUAUGUUGGUGUGAAAUACAAAGAGAGUGAUGAUUUUGAUAUAUGA